UGUAGAGCACAUAAUGCUAGAAUUGCUGAGGUGAAUUCAGUUGACCUCAUGGCAUACUUACGUCAGAUGGCAAAAUCUUACGGCUAUGAUUAUUGGUUAGGUGGACGAGAUGAUGUAAUCGAAGGUUUCUGGCAGUGGUCAAGUACGGGAGAAAAUUUUACGGUCUCCGAUUGGCUCCCAGGGGAGCCAGAUGAUGCAUCAAAUAACCAGGAUUGUCUCCUUAUCUGGAAAAAAGCAGAUUAUCGCUGGGAUGACCAACAAUGCACCACCAAAUAUCGUUAUAUCUGUGAAUCAGAAUACCCUGGAGAAGCUGUGAUUGGAUGAAAGUUUGUAAUACAGUUGUAAUCAAGAUUAAUAAAAC